GAUGGGCAUACUGCUGUCCGCCUAAACGUGCCUUGGAAGCAACUCCAAUGAAGCGCACGCCGGGUAUCCGAUCCGUUCCACUCCAUGCCUUCCUCGUCCACCCGUGCAAGAAACAGACCAACGCACCACCCAUAUAAAUGCGCACCAAAGCACUGCAUUCCGUUCCAUGCUUCGCCAUUAAUGACGAUGAGCAAGCCGCACGCCGCGUGCUCCCUCUUGCUAGCCCUGCUCAUCGGCCUCACCCGCCCUUCGCCGUGCACCUCCUCCCUGUACAAUCCCCCGCCGCCGGACAUGACGUACCACCACGGCGGCGUGCUCGACAGCACCGUGCCGGUCUCCGUGCUCUACUACGGCGCCUUCUCGCCGCAUCACAAGGCCGUCCUCGCCGACUUCCUGCGCUCGCUCUCCCCGCGCUCGCGCCCCCACACCUUCGGCGCUCCGGCGGCCGCGUCGUCGGCGUCGGUGGCUCAGUGGUGGGAGACCGUCGACCGGUACGUGCAGAGGACCGGCAGGGAGCGCACGCGGGUGAUGCUCACCAACCAGGUGUCCGACGAGGGGUGCUCGCUGGGGAAGCACCUGUCCCGGCUCCAGGUCGAGCAGCUGGCGGCGCGGCUCGGCGUGGCGCCCGGGGGCGUCGCCGUCGUGCUCACCGCCGCGGACGUCGCAGUGGACGGCUUCUGCGGGAGCUCCUGCGGGCUGCACGGCUCGCUGGCGCCCGGCGGCGCGGUGCACGUGUGGGUGGGCAACGCGGCCGUGCAGUGCCCGGGCCGGUGCGCGUGGCCGUUCCACGCCGCGGACCCUGCCGCGGCGGCCACGGCAGGGCCUGGGCGCCACAGGAGCGGGGAGACUCCGCUCCGUGCGCCCAACGGCGACGCCGGAGUGGACGGCAUGGUGAUCAACCUCGCGGCGCUGCUGGCCGGCGCGGUGACGAACCCGUACGGGCACGGAUACUUCCAGGGCGACGCGGGCGCGCCGGUGGAGGUGGGCGGCGGGUGCCCGGGAGUGUACGGGCGCGGUGCUUACCCUGGCUACCCCGGCGCGGUGAAGCUUGACACGGCCACCGGCGGCGGAUACAACGUGGUGGGCAGGAACGGCAGGAGGUACCUCGUGCCGGCCCUGCUCGAUCCCGCCAACUACUCCUGCCUUGUCAUGGCCUGAUCGGGUUUACGCAUGCGACUUCAAUUCAAAUGCUUUGGUUGAUGGUAGGCAUCGUCACGUGUAGCUGCAUGAUGCAUGUUGAUAGGCGACUCAAAAAGUUCAAUGGAUAUCGAUGCAGAAUUGCACAGCAACGGCGUGGUUAGAACACGUACGUAUGAGCUGUUUGCUUAUGUACUGUGUUAAAAAGGACGGUGUUCAUAAUAUUUAAGCACGGUUCACUCUC